AUGAUGGCGGUGAUAAACUCAGUCCAUCUCCAGCCCAAACUCUCGUUGGCCACAGUGAAAGCACCAAUGAAUGGUGCAAGCAUAGGACCCACAAACACGGCAAUAGCAAACAGAACAAUGGCAGUACCUCUGCUUCUGUUACCAAACAUGUCUGCAAAGGCAGCUGGAACCACCACCAUCGGCGCAGCACCCAAACAACCGGCAAAAAACCGACAAAUUAAGAUCGAUUCCAAUCUGUCGGAACAUGCAAUGGCAAAGUUGAAAACGGCGAAUGUAAACGAUGAAAUAAUAAGCACUGGACGUCUACCGUACAAUUCAGACAGUGGAGCCCAAAUAACAGGACCGGUAGCAAAACCAAAAACAUAG